AUGUGUCCAUGUCAAUCAUAUCUAUCUAUCUAUCUAUCUAUCUAUUUCAAUCAUAUCAAUGUGUCCAUGUCAAUCAUAUCUAUCUAUCUAUCUAUCUAUUUCAAUCACAUCAAUGUGUCCAUGUCAAUCAUAUCUAUCUAUUUCAAUCAUAUCAAUGUGUCCAUGUCAAACAUAUCUAUCUAUCUAUCUAUCUAUUUCAAUCACAUCAAUGUGUCCAUGUCAAUCAUAUCUAUCUAUUUCAAUCACAUCAAUGUGUCCAUGUCAAUCAUAUCUAUCUAUUUCAAUCACAUCAAUGUGUCCAUGUCAAUCAUAUCUAUCUAUCUAUUUCAAUCACAUCAAUGUGUCCAUGUCAAUCAUAUCUAUCUAUUUCAAUCACAUCAAUGUGUCCAUGUCAAUCAUAUCUAUCUAUCUAUCUAUUUCAAUCACAUCAAUGUGUCCAUGUCAAUCAUAUCAAUCUAUCUAUCAAUAACAUCAAUGUAUCUAUCUCAAUCAGAUCUAUCUAUCUAUAUGUCUAUUUAUCUCAAUCACAUGUAUCUGAAUCAUAUCUAUCUAUAUAUCUAUCUAUCUCAAUCACAUCUAUCUAUCUCUAUCUCAAUCACAUCUAUCUAUAUACCUAUCUCAAUCACAUCUAUCUAUCUCAAUCACAUCUCUCUCUCUCUCUCUCUCUAUAUAUAUAUAUAUAUAUAUAUACAUCUCAAUCAUAUCUAUCUAUCUAUCUAUCGCAUAUCUCUCUUAUUGUCUAUUCCCGUUUGUUCAUUCGCCCUAUCUGUUUAUUAUCUAUCUAUCUAUCUAUCUAUCUAUCUAUCUAUCUAUCUAUCUAUCUAUCAUUUAAUCGAUUAUCUACGAAUUGGUUCAUUCGCCCUUAUCUAUCUAUCUAUUAUGAAAUUGUCCGAUUGA